GUAAUUUCCCAUCUUCAAGUCGUCAGAAUUUUCCCAGAUAGCAAACGCCAUAAAAAAUGUCGAUGUCAUUCGGGUAGAAGAGAGGCAAAGUCGUACAUGGGUUUUCUCCUCCGAAUGAAUUUGAGUUAGAUCUCUUUCUUUCCCGUCAAUGCUCCGGUUCCGGUGCACUUUCCCGGCGAACUAACACCGUCUUUGCUUCAAUUUCUAUCUUCCCACAUACACUUUUUUCUUCCUUCUUCUUUGCUUUCUCUUGUUGGGUUUUAGCGGGAAAGUAUGUCGGAUGCGUUGAUCAAUGGAUUGGCUGGAGCUGGAGGAGGGAUCAUUGCUCAGCUCAUCACAUACCCUCUUCAGACUGUGAAUACUCGUCAGCAGACAGAGCGCGAUGUGAAGAAGGAGAAGAGGAAACUAGGAACGUUUCAACAGAUGUGCCAGGUUGUAAAACAUGAAGGAUGGGACCGGCUUUACGGUGGCUUGGGGCCGUCUCUGGUGGGUACGGCUGCAUCUCAGGGCGUUUACUAUUAUUUCUACCAAAUAUUCAGGAACAAGGCUGAAGUUGCUUCUCUUGAACGAAUGAAGGCAGGGAUUGGAGACGGAUCUGUUGGCAUGCUUUCCUCACUUCUGGUGGCUGCUGUAUCUGGGUGUGUUAAUGUACUGUUGACAAAUCCUAUAUGGGUGGUUGUUACUCGGAUGCAGACACAUAAAAAAGUCUCAAAGCCAUCUCUACCUGGGGGAGCUCCAUUGACUCCACUAGAUGAAACCAUUCCGCCAACAGCAGUUGUAGAUCCCCCUUCCUACAGAACCACUCAUGCUAUUCAAGAACUUUAUGAGGAAGCGGGAAUCAAGGGUUUCUGGAAAGGGGUAAUCCCAACAUUGAUCAUGGUCAGCAACCCUUCUAUACAGUACAUGCUGUAUGAAACUUUCUUGAACAAAUUGAAGAAACGACGUGCUUUACGGAAGGAUGGGAGUGGAGUUACUGCAUUAGAGAUUUUUUUUCUUGGUGCCUUGGCAAAACUUGGAGCGACUGUAGUAACCUAUCCUCUUUUAGUUGUGAAGGCUAGGCUUCAAGCAAAACAAAUUGUAGCUGGAGACAAAAGACAUCAGUAUAAAGGCACAUUUGACGCCAUCAUCAAAAUGAUCCGAUACGAAGGACUAUGUGGAUUUUACAAAGGGAUGGGCACAAAAAUUGUCCAGAGUGUUCUGGCUGCUGCUGUCUUGUUCAUGGUUAAGGAAGAACUCGUCCGAAGUGCUCGAUUCCUUCUCACCAAGGGUCCCGUUGGCAGAAUAAAAUCAAAGUCUCAAUGAUCUGAUAAAAUGCUUAUAUGACCCCAUUACAGGUUCUUAAGAAGAAAUCCAAGCCUGCAAUUUAUCUCAAUAAUCUAUUCUUAUUCAUCUAGUGUAGUAUUCUUGACCAAACCCUUAUUUGAAAUUAUUAGGAAGUUUGUGUCCAAGAAAAAGAAAUAGGCAUAAGAUUUGGGCUGGAAAUUGUUUCAACAUGUUAUAGCAGGAAUAUUUGAUUGAUAGUGAUAACCUGGAAUGGCAUAUGUAAUAUGUUAUUGUAUUUAGAGAUUAUUAUAGUUACAUCCAUAUUACAAAAUUUAUGAGACUGACAAUUACCCUCCUUAUAUAUCC